AUGAAGUCACUAAUUCUUUUUGUCGCUUUGGCUCAUGCCGUCUUCAUAAUUCAUUCAGCUGAACUUCCAAAUAAGGAACUCAAAAUAUCUGCAACCGUGGACAAGAACAUACCCACAGAUGGAUCUUCAUCAUCACUAACCGCUGACGCAAGUAUCAGCUUCGGAAAAUCGAAUACAAAAGGAGAAGAUGACGAUGAAGAAUACGAGGGAAGUGAUAAUGCUGGGAAUGAUGAAUAUAAAUACAAAUUAACCAAGAAGCUCGUAAAUAGUUGUCAAUAUAGUAAGAAUUAUAAAGACAAAACAAAUUAUGAAGAUUGUGGUUGUAAAUAUUAUGAAAGUGAGGAGGAUAACAAUGAGUAUAAAGGCUAUAAUAGUGAUGAAGAUACUUGUGGUUGUCAAGACAAUGAAGACGAAGAAGAAGAAGAGGAAGAGUACGAAAGCGAAGAGUUUGAGUCCUCUGAGGAAAUUAAAAAGUACAAGUAUUCAAAAUAUAACGACGACAAUAGUAACGAUAGUGAUAAUAGUGAUGACAGUGAUGACAGUGACGACAGCGAAGAUUCAGAAGAAUACAAGAAAAAGAAGGAUAAAAAAACGAAAGCAAACAAAUCGGAAGAAGAAAAACCAAAAAAAGAUAAAAUUGUAAAUUUAAAAGAAGAAAUCAAAGAAAAAAAGAAUGAUUUGAAAGAGAAAAAAGAAGAACUCAUAGAUGCCUUGAAGGAAAAAAAGAAAGAUCUGAUAAAUGAUUUAAAAGAGAAAAAAGAAGAUCUCAAAGAUGAUUUGAAAGAGAAAAAAGAUGAGCUUAAAGAUGUUCUGAAAGAGAAAAAGGAAGAUCUCAAAGAUGAUUUAAAAGAAAAAAAGGACGACCUUAAAGAUGUUCUGAAAGAGAAAAAGGAAGAUCUCAAAGAUGAUUUAAAAGAGAAAAAGGAUGAACUUAAAGAUGUUCUGAAAGAAAAAAAGGAGGCUCUUGAUGACAUAAAGAGUGAUUUGAAAGAUAAAAAGGAAGAUUCCAAGGAGGAGAAGGAGAAAAAAGAAGGAGAUCCUGAGUCUUUACGAUUUUAUGACACUUUAUCGAGCAAUAGGCACGAGAACUGCAGAGCAGAUUCUGAAUUAGAGAUUAAACUGAAUUCAAUUAAAAAUCCUAGACUUAGGAAAUUUUAUCCUAUAAGUAACUACGUCAACCACACCACAACCUACAAUAGCAACAACUAUGCGCAGUACAAGAGCUGCUACAACUACUUAUUCACCACCAACUGCUCAAAGAACAACGUCGUUAUCACAAAACUACGUAUUUUGUACACUAUUANACUGCUCAAAGAACAACGUCGUUAUCACAAAAUUGACGGCCCUGAUGACCUAUGGUUACCAUAUCGGCUUUCAUCUGCUGACACGCAAAAUGAACGUUGCCGCCCCCAGCAGGAUAAUGGUUCCAAUCAGUUCAGCUACAACGCACCCCAUAAGGAGCCCUUGGUCUACUCAUCUGCCACAUCCAGGACAGAUAAAUCUGUAACGGACAAACCUACUUCAGAUCCAAGUGCAUCUGCCGCAUGGACGACCGAUACAUUUGUAACGGAUAAACCUACUUCAGAUCCAAGUGCAUCUGCGGCAUCGACGACCGAUACAUCUGUAACGGAUAAACCUACUUCAGAUCCAAGUGCAUCUGCCGCAUCCACGACAGACAAAUCUGUAACGGAUAAACCUACUUCAGAUCCAAGUGCAUCUGCCGCAUCCACGACAGACAAAUCUGUAACGGAUAAACCUACUUCAGAUCCAAGUGCAUCUGCCGCAUCGACGACCGAUACAUCUGUAACGGAUAAACCUACUUCAGAUCCAAGUG